GUUUCUGCUAACUACCCAAGCUCAUAAAUGCCUUCAAAUGGCUUUUUCCAUUUUUAUGAGGCCAGUCCUCAUGUCCACACACAACAUAAAAGGGGUGACGGGGAUCCACUAGUCUCACAGGGACUCCUAGCUCCAGCUCACCCCACUCCACGUUGCUCCUCAGCUGUCGCCCACAAAGCCACCAUGUCUUGCCGCUCCUACAGAGCCAGCUCUGGCCAUCGGGUUGGCAGCUUCAGCUCUUGCUCGGCGAUGGGCCCUCAGCGUCUGAACCGCUUCAGGGCGAGCUCUGUCCCCUGCAGGAGUGGGUCUGGUUUCUGGGGCUUGGGUGGCUUUGGUAGUCGGAGCGUCAUCAACGUCGGAUCCUCCUCACCCCGGAUGGCAGCCGGGUGUUCUCGUCCUGUCCGCUGCGGAGUUGGCUUUGGAGCUGGCAAUGGGAUGGCCUUUGGUUCUGGUGAUGGGAGUGGAGUUGGUUUGGGCUUCAGGGCCAGCGGUGGUGUCGGCGUGGGGUUUGGAGCCGGAAGUGGCCUUGGCUAUGGUUUCAGCGGCCCCGGCUUUGGCUACAGACUUGGAGGAAUUGGAGGCCCAUCAGCCCCCUGUAUCACAGCUGUGACUGUUAACCAGAGCCUGCUGACACCCCUCAACCUGGAGAUCGACCCCAAUGCCCAGAGGGUGAAGAAAGAUGAGAAGGAGCAGAUCAAGACCCUCAACAACAAGUUUGCCUCCUUCAUCGACAAGGUGCGGUUCCUGGAGCAACAGAAUAAACUCCUAGAGACCAAGUGGAGCUUCCUCCAAGACCAGAAAUGUGUCCGGAACAACCUAGACCCUCUCUUCGACAACUAUAUCAACAACCUGCGCAGGCAGCUGGAUGUACUAGUCAGUGACCAGGCUCGGCUGCAGGCUGAGAGGAACCAGAUGCAGGACAUUCUCGAGGGCUUCAAAAAGAAGUAUGAAGAGGAGGUAGGAUGCCGAGCCAGCGCGGAGAACGAGUUCGUAGCUCUGAAGAAGGAUGUAGACACAGCUUUCCUGAAUAAAUCUGACCUGGAAGCCAAUAUGGAUGCCCUGGUCCAGGAAGUUGAAUUCCUGAAGGCUCUGUAUCUGGAGGAAACUCAGUUGCUGCAGUCACACAUCUCAGAGACAUCUGUCAUCGUGAAGAUGGACAACAGCCGGGACCUGAACCUGGACGGGAUCGUAGCCGAAGUGAAGGCCCAGUACGAGGAGGUGGCAAGGCGCAGCCGGGCAGAUGUGGAGUCCUGGUACCAGACCAAGUAUGAGGAGAUGCGGGUGACAGCUGGCCAGCACUGUGACAAUCUCCGAAGCACAAGGGACGAGAUCAAUGAGCUGACCCGGCUGAUCCAGAGGCUGAAAGCAGAGAUCGAGCAUACCAAGGCUCAGCGCGCCAAGCUGGAGGCCGCCGUGGCCGAGGCCGAGCAGCAAGGUGAGGCUGCCCUCAACGAUGCCAAGUGCAAGCUGGCAGACCUGGAGGGCGCCCUGCAGCAGGCCAAGCAGGACAUGGCGCGCCAGCUGCGUGAGUACCAGGAGCUCAUGAACGCCAAACUGGGGCUGGACAUCGAGAUCGCCACCUACAGGCGGCUGCUGGAAGGAGAGGAGAGCAGGAUCUGUGAAGGUGUUGGACCAGUCAACAUAUCUGUGAGCAGCUCUCGGGGAGGUGUACUGUGCGGCCCCGAGUCCUUGGUCUCGGGAUCUGGCCUUUCCCGCAAUGGAGGUGUCGCCUUCUCCAGCAGCAGUGGCGUCUGUGCCACUGGAGGGGUCCUGGCUUCCUCGAGCCUGAGGGCUGGUGGGGACCUGCUGAGCUCUGGGCCCAGAGGAGGCUCUGUGCUGGUGGGCGAUGCCUGCGCCCCCAACAUCCCCUGCCCGCUGCCCACUGAGGGUGGCUUCAGCAGCUGCAGCGGUGGUCGGGGAAACCGAAGCUCCAGUGUCCGCUUCUCAUCCACUACAACUUCCCGGAGGACCAGGUACUGAGCACCUAGCCCCGGGUGGCCACUGCCUGGAGAGGAAC